AUGGCGUCGGCGAGCCUGAAGGCAUGGAUGGCCGCAUUCGUCCGUAUCUCCUCCCACAUGAUGGGGAUACCCACAGAGCUGCAGCCCGAGAACGCCUCCUUCCUGGAGUUUCUUCGAGAGCACCCGGCUCUAUUGAGGCCCCCGAAGAGGCCACGAGAGAGCCCCCAAGAAACGCAAGCUACAAAGAGGCCGUGCUUCAAAUCAACACCAACCAGAGACCCCAGGCUGCGCCGCCGUUCCAAGUCAGCGGACGGAGGGCCAGCCCAACCAACAGCCCCAGCCCACGCCCAACCUCCCACGGCCGCCGCCCCCUGGAGGCCCCUGUCACCGUCAGAUCCGAUGGCUAGAUGUGGGCUCAAGGGGGUGGUGCUCAGGAACUUGGACAUCGCCCCGACCGCCACCACAUCGCAGGCACCGCAGGACCGCCCUGGAAACACCAGCGAGUACAGAAACACCGGGCCCUCCGCCAAAGGCCCCAACCAAAAAGAAAGGGACAGCACCCGCAGCCCCCGCUCACACCCCUGCUGCCCUCCCGCAAGAGGGACCGAAGCCUCAACGCCCGGACCCCGGCAGGAGACAGACACAGAAGCCGGGCCCCACACCACCGGGGCCCCAACAAGAACCCGGACGAGACGUACAGGUCACGGGAGAACAGAGGCAGAAGGGCCCGCUCGCUCCAGUAGAGCCCGAACAGCCUCCGCCAACCCCCGCACCGACAGCCCCACAGGAUACACGGACACCAAUGACCUCAUAUGCUGCCACGGCAUCUAA